GCGGCUCCGCCUGCAUGUCAUCGACCAGCCAAUGCCUUCUCUAGUGUUGAUUUAUCUCUAUGACAACCACAACUCCAACUUCUCGCUCACGUGGUCUGGAAUCUGUGACGUCACUUCAACCUAAACGGCAUAGACUUUUGAAGUCUCGUCGUACACGUUUUAACAUCAAUUUAAUUGCGAGCGCCGCGUUAUUGUGCUCGUUCGCUUGUGCUUGUGUCAUUUAAUAGAGUAAAACACCCUCGUUGGUUUUAUUGUUGCGGCGUAAGCUUGUCCCUGGCUUCCCAGUCUUGCGUUUAGCUUGUUAGCUGCUAACAAAGAAAGGCGGAAGUGAGCAGCACCUGCAGAGCACAAGUGAAUGUAAAGUGUUGUGAUUAUCGUGUGAAAAUGUGUAAAGUCGAAAUGCUGAGAGCGUUGCUCAAUCAGCGACUGAGUGCAGCCGUGGAAGAAAUAGUUGUAGUGUUUGAAAGGACGAUAGCAGAGUACGAGGAGGAACUCAGUCGAACAAAAGAGGAGAACGAGCGACAACGUCAACUACUGGACGCUGUUUUCAAGACUCAAGGUGGACUGAACAGAUCAGAUGUCAGUGAAGAAGAUCUUCAUCCUGAGCAACAGGAGUGGAGCUCCAGGGUGGAACAGCACGAGCCAACGCCCUCCCACAUUAAAGAGGAAGAGGAGGGCGAGAGUCUUCUUGGGCCAGAGUUGCCUGUGAUUCGUGUCGUCGUAAAAAGUGAAAAUCGUCAAAGUGAGGAGAACAGAGGGACGGAGCCUCUGAGCGGCAGCUCGAGUCAACACAUGACAACGGAAGGUGAUGGAGACCACUGUGGGGGAUCACAAGCAGACAGCCGUUUAGUUCCACUAUCAGUCAGUGAUGACACACUGUCACACUCUCCUGACACUGAUGAGGAACACUCUAAAAGAGAUGGGAGAUGUCACACAGAUGACACGUGCUGGAAGUGCUCUCAGUGUGACAAAGCCUUCUCUAACCAGACUGAUUUGAAAAAGCACAUGCGAUGGCACACGGGAGAGAGACCGUUCAUGUGCUCAGAUUGCGGUCAAACAUUCUUGAAGAAAGGACACAUGACAACGCACACGAGGACGCACACUGGAGAGAAACCUUUUUCCUGCUCAGUUUGCAGCAAAAGUUUCAGCGUUCCUUUCGGUUUGGUUCAACACAUGAGGACGCACACCGGGGAGAAACCCUUCAGCUGCUCCGUGUGCCACAAGCGAUUCGCUUAUCAGAUCUCCUUGAUGAGACAUGCCAGCACACACACAGGAGAGAAACCACAUUCCUGCUCGGUCUGCAACACAAGUUUUCGGCUUCGGUCAGCACUCAUAACGCACAUGAGGACGCACACUGGAGAGAAGCCGUUUUCUUGCUCUGUCUGUGACAAAAGUUUUUGUGCCAAUUCAACACUGAGGAAUCACAUGAGAACACACACUGGUGAGAGUAUGUAGCUGUGAUGUUUGUGAUUAAACAGGUAUCACUUCGAACAGUUAGCAUGCUUUUGACAUCAACGUAGUGAUUGUUUUUUAUUAUUACUAUUUGCAGUUUUGGAACCGACCCUGCAUUAUAUUAAAUACUUUCUUAUUCACUCUUUUUGUGCUCAA